AGUGGAUUUCUUUGUUUGUAAGAUAGAAAAAACCAGGUUGCUCAUCAAAUAAGCGUGAAGCCGACUUCGUCAAGGUCCAAUGAGAGAUGAAAGCAAUUAUUAACCAACAGAUUGCUUUGGUUAUUAACAACCCAGUCUGCUAUGGUCUUCUAGUUGAAAGUAAGCACUCAUUACAGCAUGAAUUCUGCCAAAAAACUCAUUGUAAACUUUUAGGCUAUGAUUGUUAUCUAUACAAAAUGCCUAUGCAAUACGAAGCUGACUAUCGUUCUAAUCUAAUAGCCCAACUUCGUACUUUACGAGAUGUCCUGGAUAUCAUGCUCUUGCUGCCUGCCAUCAAUAUACUAUCAUAUCUUGAUGUAAUGAUGUACAUUUAUUUUCACAAAUUGAUGAGUUGCUAGCAAUUUAUUAGGAAGAAUUGACUUUGCAACAAAUGACUCUAGGCCUUAGCCGAUGACAACGAAAUCACUCAUAAAAGAUAUCAUACAAAAGGUCAUCUUUCAGAAAGCCUAUUAGAAAAGAAUAAAUAUUACUUCUCUCUUCCUGCCUUGUCGCCUCUAGUCAUAUGCCAUGUUGCCGUUCACCACUUAUCUCUCUUAUGUG